AUGGACCGAGCAGACAAUAAUCGCGAUCUCAACGCCGUGAGCAACCGCUUGGCUGCUCAGACGGAGCACCUCCAAGGUCAUUUGCAGCAGCAGCUCAAUCUCAACGGCGCUGGCCAGGCCCGUAACAUGUUUGCCUCCAGACCCGCUGGUCUUGCAAGCUUGGGCGAGGAUGCCGAAGCAACAUCGGACAGCGCUCAGACCCCUUCAACCUUUCACCGUCAAGGUGGCCCUCGCUUCGCUGGCAACGCAGCUUUUCAGAGCGCCCUCGCCCGCCAUUCCAAUCAAACGGGUAAUUCUAUCAACUCGUCUUCGGCUGCCGACUUUCGUGCAAACUUGUCCCACCAGCGUCAGCUGAGUCUCCAAAGCCGAUUCGCCGAUCUCGGAUAUAAUGUCGGAUCUGGUCUUGGCGCCGCUCCCAGCGAAGCCGAUGACAUGACCGAUGAUGGCUCGGUCGGAUACGGUGCUUCCGCCUUUGAUCCCACUCGAGGCCAGCGUAGCCAUGCAUCUGACUUCAGCUUCGGCUCCUCUGGCACUGCUGGCUCUCACCGACGCACUGGCAGCGACAUGAGCGGCAUGCUCUCCAAUCGAGGUGGACACCAACCUGCCGCGAGCGUCGGCGGUAACUCCAACUCGCUUUCGGCGCAGAGCCAAAUGCUCGCAGAGCAGCAGAUCGCUUUGCAACAGCAGAUCGAGAUGCUUCAGCUCCAGCAGCAGCAGCUCAUGCACUCUGCCGGUCUUGGACAGCAAGGCUCAGUUGGCAACUCGCUCAACGGCAGCAGCCACAGCUUUGGCGGUCAUCGUCGUAUCCAGAGCCACGCACCUCGCUCAGGCCCUAUGGGCAGCUUCUCUACGGCUGGCGCAUUCAACGGUGGUGCUCUCGCCAACUUUGCGCCCAGCCAGCCCGCUACGCCAACUCCCAGCUUACCCCGAGGUCACGGUCGCCGACACUCGGUCAAUGUUCUCAACAAAGCCAAUCAGCAGCAACAACAGCAACAGCAACAGCAACAGCAACAGCAACAGCAACAGCAACAGCAACAGCAACAGCAACAGCAGCAGCCUUCUCAACGUCAAGCCGACGCGCAGCAGCAGCGCAACUCCCCAAACGCCGAACCGAUGCAGUCCAACGGCCCGGUCAUGCACGCCAACCCCGACUUUUCCUUCCCAAGCACCGCAAGCGCUCAGCGCACCGCUCAGGCUGCCUAUCAAGCUACGCAGCCCACCGCUGGCCACUACAGCCGUCCCUCGGCUCAGCUCACCGAUCUCUCGGCUGACUAUCUCAUGGCUGGAGGCGGUCUCGUCAGCCUCAACUCGUUCAACGUGAGUAGUUCCAUGAACGACCUCGCCGAUGGCUUUGGUGGCGCUGGUGCGGGUGGUCCUCGCCCUGGCCAUGCUCGUGGCAACAGCACGCAGUGGCGCAUAAACGGUGGUGUUCAGGCGCCGCAGCUUGUCGAUUUGGCCCAGGCCCAGGCCCACCUUGCUAUGCUUCACCAAUUCCGCGAGUCAGCUGCUGUCACCGGUCACUAUCGCGCCCCCUCUCUGGGCGGUGCCUUUAAUUCCAUGGCAGCCGGCUUUGGUGCCAAUCAAUUUGGCAUGGGAGCUACCAACGGCCCUGGAGCAAUCCAGCGCAAAGCCCUCUUUGGCAACUAUCUACCCCAGGGCACCUUGCCCACGCUGCUGGCCCACGGAAAGAUUGUCGUCGGUGUGCUUCGCAUUAACAAGCGCAACCGAAGCGACGCCUACGUCACUACCGAGGUGCUUGACAGCGACAUCUUCAUCAGCGGCUCCAAGGACCGCAAUCGUGCUCUUGAAGGCGACCUUGUCGCUGUCGAGCUACUCGAUCCUCUCGAGGUCUGGAACGUCAAGAAAGAGAAGGAAGACAAGAAGAAGCGCAAGGAGGAGCAAAGCGGCCAGUUCUCACGCAAGCCCGACAAGGCCAAGGACGACCUCGAAGUUGAAGGCGCUCAACUUCGUCUCAUCGAAGACGAAGAGGAAAAUGAGCAGAGCCCUCCUCAGCUGGCUGGUCACGUGGUGGCCAUCGUUGAACGUUCUCCUGGUCAGCUAUUCUCGGGUACCUUGGGUCUUCUUCGUCCUUCUUCCGCUGCAACAAAGGAGAAGCAGCAAGCCGAGAGAGUGCAGCGCGAGGGCGCAAGCGCUCUCGCUCCCGAAGUUAAGCCACGUCCAAAGAUCAUCUGGUUCCGUCCCACGGACAAGCGCGUUCCGUUGAUUGCCAUCCCUGCCGACCAGGCGCCCGAAGAUUUCUGGGCCGAGGAGGGUCAGGAGAGCUUCAACAGCCGACUCUUUGUUGCCUGCAUCAAGCGUUGGCCCAUCACCUCUCUACACCCUUUUGGUGCUCUCGUCGAGGAGAUCGGUGUGAUCGGCAAUGUUGAAGCCGAGACUCAGGCCCUGCUCAAGGACACGCUCAGCUCCGCCACCGAAGCCUUCACCGAGGGCGCGCUCAAGUGCCUUCCGCCUCUUCCUUGGAAGAUUCCCGAAAAAGAAUACAAGACGCGCAGGGACUUCCGUUCGCAUCGUGUCUUCACCAUCGAUCCCGAGACUGCCAAAGAUCUCGACGAUGCCGUCCACGUCGUGCGUCUCGAUAACGGCAACUUUGAGGUGGGUGUUCAUAUCGCAGAUGUCUCGCACUUUGUCAAGCUCGGCUCCAGCCUGGAUCGCGAAGCCCGCAAGCGGGGCACUUCAGUCUACCUUGUGCAACGUGCUAUCCCGAUGCUCCCUCCCACUCUGAGCGAAGAGCUCUGCUCGCUCGUCCCCAACGUCGAGAGGCUCGCCUUCUCAGCCGUGUUCACCAUGAACAAGGACGCUCAGGUGAUUAGCAGCUGGUUUGGAAAGUCAAUCAUCAAGUCUUGCGCCAAGCUUGCCUACGCUGAUGCCCAAAAGGUGAUUGAAGGCGGCCAGCUGUCCAAGGAAAAGCUCGAGGCACACCGGCCCAAAGAGAUUGGCGACGACAUUCUCAUCCUGCACCAGCUGGCCCAAAAGAUGCGCGCUCGCCGCUUCAAGACGGGAGCUCUGCGCAUCGAUAACGUCAAGCUGAGCUUCAAGCUGGACGAAAACGGUCUGCCAACGGAUGCUAGCGUCUACUGUUCGUACGACGCCCACCGACUCAUUGAAGAAUUCAUGCUCCAAGCGAACAUGGCGGUUGCGCAGCAGAUCGCUGCUGGUCUGCCUGAAUUGGCACUUCUUCGCCGACACGAGAAGCCACUCGACCGUCGUCUGGACGGCUUCCUGCGUCGAGCCAAGUCGAUGGGUUACGACAUUGACACUUCGUCUGGUGGCGCGCUGCACCGCAGUCUGGCCAAGAUCAAAGAUGAUUCGGCUCGACAGGCGCUCCAGGCGCUGGUGACUAAAUCCAUGAUGCAGGCCAAGUACUUCUGCACGGGUAUGGUCGACAUUGCCAAGUACCAUCACUAUGCGCUCAACGUGCCUCUGUACACGCACUUUACCUCGCCCAUCCGUCGCUACGCCGAUCUGAUGGUACAUCGUCAACUCGAGGCAGUGCUUGUUGAACAGGACAAGUUCGGCGUGGACCGCGAAGCGAUGGCCAAGAUCGCGCAGCAGUGCAACGUCAAGAAAGACGCCGCCAAGAUGGCGCAAGAGCAGAGUGCGCAUCUGUUCCUGUGCUUGCUGAUCCACGAUCUGACUAUGCGAUACGGUCCUGUGGUUCGUUCGGCGACGGUGAUGGGUGUGCUGGAUGCUGCGUUCGACGUUAUUGUUCCCGAAUUUGGCAUUGAGAAGCGAGUGCAUGUUGAUCAGAUGCCGAUCGAGAAUCACACGUACGACGAGCAGACCAAUGCGCUAUCGAUUUACUGGAAGGACAACGUCGAUGUCAUCGCAUGGCUUGCCGAGAACUCGGACGAUGUGCAUGUCAAGAAGCUACAAGAGGUGGCGCAGCAGCAUCAGAUGAUGGAGCUCACGUCGCAGUCCUCGCACGACGAAGCGGCACUGUUUGCUGACGACGACGACGACGAGAGUUGCACAGCGGCGAUUCUGCGACAGCACAACAUCGACGCGGCCAAGGAUUCUCGUCAACGCGCAAAGAGCUUGCAGAAGGUGGCGUUGCAGUUCGAUGGUGUUGAGCACCACACGAGAGUGCAGAAGAUCAACGAGUUGAUGAAGGUGCCCGUGAUCGUGACGAGCGAUAUGUCCAAGAGCCCGCCGGUGUUGAAGGUGUUUUCGGUGAAUCCGUUUGCUAGUGGCUAA